AUGAAUGGCAAACAGGAUAAGCUUAGCUUCAGCGACAGCGUGCCUGAUAACAUAACCUCCUGGACAGUUUCAGGAUUUGCGCUUAGUCCCACACUAGGAUUAGGAAUAAUUAAACAACCACUGACGUUGGUGGUGAAGAAACCGUUGUUCUACAUUGUACUCAAUUUGCCGCAUUCCAUAAAGCGUUAUGGCGAAGCUACGAUUCAGGUGACGAUUUAUAACAUUUUGGAAAAUGCGCUUAGUACAGAAGUAACACUUUUUAACAAGAAUAAUGAAAUUGAGUUCGUUGGACAGUCUUCUAAUGACACAAAAUUGUUUGACACACCAAUCAGUAAUUUGGAGUCAUUGGUUCAUCUGCCAACUGGGAACGGAGAACAAAAUAUAGCCAAAUUUGCUUCGAAUAUCGUUAUUUUAGACUACCUUUCUGAAAGUGAAAAGCUUUCAGAAAAAAAUCGGACAAAAGUAAUUGACUACUUACAAAGUGGUUAUCAAAAUCAAUUGAAAUACAAGCGCUCGGAUGGUUCCUUCGGUGUCCAAGGUGCUUCAGACACCAAAGGCGGUACAUUCAUAACAGCUUUCGUAGUGAUGUCAUUCAGCAUUGCUAAGACAUACAUCGAUAUAGAUUGGUCGAUAGUUGAAGAUGCACUCCGCUGGUUGGCUAGUAUUCAAACCCACGAAGGCACAUUCAAUGAGGUUGGUCGGGUUACAGAAGCUAACGUGCGAGGAGGAGUGGGUUCAACCAAAUAUUCACUUACAGCAAAUUGUUUCGUCGUAGGGGGAUUUCCUAGAACACAGGAUAUAUUUGUCGGAUUAAAAGCACUUACCAAAUAUACAGCGGAAAAGUCAUCCAGAAAUAAUUAUCGAGCAUUUCUGGUAUCGGAAGCGGCUACUUUACAGUGGCAUAUGAUUACUAUCAAAAUAUCCAAAUAA